UUGAAGGGUGACAAGCCAUUAUCAGUUUCAUUCUCUGUGGGUGCAUGAGUAACGUGCUCGUCAGCCAGCGUCACAGCUCCACGGACGUGUGCGCGCCACCCCAGACGCGUGGCCACGGUGGUGAGAAGCAUAUACCGCACAGGCGGCAACAUGGAGAUCAGGCGCUCUUUUUAGGAAUAAAAAACACUCCUCCGGAAAACACAACCUUUUUGUUCUGUGUCUAUUUUAUUUUUAUUUUAUUUUUUUAUGGCGAGCUCCGGAUAAGUGAGGCUUUCAGAGCAGCACUGUUGCUCUCUUGCAAGCCAGGCAGAUGCUCAUAAGCUCCGCGAGCAGAGAGGGUGUCCUCUGUGCGGAUGCGGCUCCACGCACCGGUUUUGGGAGGAUAUUGUCACAUCUUGUCUGUUAGACAGUCACCAGAGACGUCAACCCAUCUCCUUCCAAAGACCUCGCUCGACCUCCAGACAUCAGUGAAGACGGGACAGCAAUUCUCAAAAAGGCUGUGAAUGCCUUUGUAGGACUUGGACCACCUGUGCUCCCCCCUGCCCAUAGAGAUGCAGGGUUGCAUGCGUGUGUGCCAAGGUUGAGAAGAGUUGCUAACCAGGCUAUGAGAGCAUCCCGCUCUUGGAUGCGGAGUUAAGUGACAGGAGCUGAAGCGGAGGCUGACUGAGGAGUCGCCAUGGGGCUUGGACAGUCCAGCAAGUCUCCCAUCACGGGUGAGACCGACGAGGUCAAUUUUGACCACUUCCAGAUCCUCAGAGCAAUAGGAAAAGGAAGCUUUGGCAAGGUCUGCAUCGUGCAGAAGAAAGACACCAAGAAGAUGUACGCUAUGAAAUACAUGAACAAGUUAAAAUGUGUGGAGCGGAAUGAAGUGAGGAACGUCCUGAAAGAGCUGCAGAUCAUGCAGAACCUGGAGCAUCCUUUUCUGGUCAACAUCUGGUAUUCCUUCCAGGAUGAGGAGGACAUGUUCAUGGUGGUCGAUUUGCUCCUGGGAGGAGACCUGCGCUAUCAUCUGCAGCAGAACGUUCAUUUCUCCGAGAGCACGGUCAAGCUGUACAUCUGCGAAUUGGCUUUGGCUCUGGGGUACCUGCGCUCCAAGCACAUUAUACACAGAGACAUCAAGCCUGACAACAUACUACUGGAUGAACAUGGUCACGUCCAUCUCACUGACUUCAACAUUGCAGCCAUUGUGAAAGAUGACCUCAAGGCAACAUCCAUUGCAGGGACCAAACCGUACAUGGCUCCGGAGUUAUUUCACAACUUUGAAGGCUCCCAUCCUGGUUACUCCUUCUCAGUGGAUUGGUGGUCAUUGGGCAUCACAGCUUACGAGCUGCUCAGAGGGCAGAGGCCCUACGUGAUGAGGUCCAGCACCCCAGCCAAUGAAAUCCUUCACACCUUCCACAAGGUCCACCUCAGCUUCCCAACAGCGUGGUCCUCAGAGAUGAAGUCGCUUCUCAGAAAGUUGCUCUGCAUAGACGUCCACAAGCGCAUUUCCUGUCUGGCAGAACUGCAAGAUCUGGACUACAUGUCGGACGUCAGUUGGGACAGUGUGCUCAGCAAGCAGAUUCCUCCGGGCUUCAUUCCCAACAAACGGCGACUAAACUGUGAUCCUACAUUUGAGCUGGAGGAAAUGAUCCUGGAGUCCAAACCUCUUCACAAAAAGAAAAAAAGGCUCGCUCGAAAGACCAAGGACCAAGGUUCCGAUGGGUCACCGCAGAAUGGUCAGUUGCAGCAACGUUUGGAGAACAUCCAGAGAGACUUUAUCAUCUUCAACAGAGAAAAGUCAAAGAGAGCAGCGGCAGAUUCGGACUCAACUGAACUAUCCAGAAGUAACAAGAGUAAAGCAAUAGAGGACGGUCAGAACAACAAUGUGGAACCAGUUUCUUUUUUAUCAGGAUAAAGAACCGGAUUCAAGCCCCCCCCCCCCACACACACACACACAUUUUGUUCCGUGUCUCCCGCCAUUGUUUGUAGAUCAGCACCUCCGUCCCGCAACUGAUAUAAGCGGGUUGCCUCAACAAACGUUGCAAAGACUUGACGAGUACAGGGUGAGUGAAGAGACUCUUUACGGCCAUCACGGCAGAAUUUUUUUUUUCCCCCUGAUCUUGAAGGACUGUUAGGGUAUGUACAGUAUGUCGCGUUUUGCUCUGUUACGUCACGAGAGAGAACUGUAAAGCAAACGUUCUGCUGGACACUUUAUCUACAUUUAGUUUGGUUCAACUUCAAGUCAGGAAUGGUAAUGCGCCUCCAAGAUAGUAGACUUGGUUUUGAUUGGAAGGUUUGUAUCAGUGCUCUGAGAUAGCUCUUUUCUCCUUGGUCGUUUGUGACCUUUCUGCAGGGUCGACCCACUUUCAUUUUGAAAAAAGGCAAAAUAUGCAUUUUUCCGCAAUUCACAAGAAUUGCCACGUGUGGAUUAAGCAUCAGAGAACACUCGACAUCCCGUAUUUCUCGUUUUGCGUCUAAGUCCGGGCUGCUCGGAAGAAGCUAGCGCUUUUAAUAUGUAUAUCCAGCAAAAUGCAGCUCUGCUUACCUUUUGGCUUUGAUGUAGUCUUUCCGUCAGUGUAGAUUGGAGGACACUGAAAGUUGCUUGAAGGUGGCUCUGGAGCUUUAGCUAGCCCCAUGAUGUCGUGGUUGGAGAAUUAACCCCCCCCCCCCCCCCCCCACUGCAGAAUUUCAUAUUUGAUGUGUUGUGCAGAAAGCCCGAAGCUCCAGCUACAGUUGUCCACACUACUCGUGGGGGAUAUAUUGACCCCCUGACCCUUCCCAAAUCAAAUUGUCUAUAGAUGCCAUAAAAUGGCAGCAAAGCACUACUUUUCCAUCAGACAGGAACUAACUAAAUGAAGCUCCUCCCCUCACCAAAGAAAGCCUUUUAUAUGAGUACCAGACUAAUGUCUGAGCACAACGACAGCAGUGAUUUAGCAGUGAUCCCAUUCUAAUUAAUGGCUUUCAUUCAUGCUUGUUAAUUCCUUGACGUUACACAGAUUGAUAUUUGUAUCUGGUUUUAAAUGCUUCGAGCACUUUUUCACCCGAAAAUGGGCACAGUGUUUGGAUUUGUGUCGGUGUUGGUAUUUGUCGUAAACGUCAUUUUGCACAUUUUUUCACACUGCAAUAGGAGCAGUCAGUGGGAGAGGGAGGAGGUUAGUAAAAUAUACAAUAUGCUUUAAAAGGUGUAUGGCAGACAAAGGCAAAUUUGAAAAUGGAGGUUUUGUUGUCCCUCACUUGUCACUGUAUGUUUCUUCUACUGUAUCUUUUAAGGUGUGCCUUAAAUAACUUUGUUCCCAAACCAAA